AUGGACCAUACGAAUCCAACCACAGAACCAGCAAAUGAGCCGGCGCGUGUACCUUCUUCCCACAAACCAAUCCCUCGAGAGGUUGAGCGACGCCCCGAAGAUAUUCAAGAUGAGGCAACAUUCCGUGCUGCGUCGAUUUUCAGAAGUAGGGAUAGGCUACAGUAUAUUCUUGACAGCUACCAGGAUAUGUUGCUCAGGCGUUGGUCUAAGAAGACCCGAGGCGCGAGAGAAGAUAUUCUCGUGGAAGCCUGGCCUGAUAUCCCUCUGACACAUCGUCCCGACUUCGCCUUGUUUCAUCGUUUCGAGCCACUGCAAUUCCUUAUAACAGAUCCGCACGAGUUGAUAGCUGCCAAAUUUCCUUCUUUGAAUGUGGAGGACUUGUCAUAUGGGAAACACUUCCUCAUGCUUGUUGAUGCCCGGGCUCGUAAUGCUCCAAAGCUAUUUGCUCGUUCAGACUUGGAGGCGAGUGUCAUUAGCAGAGCCAGGGGCGCAUUUUCUCUCAGUAUCUGUCCAGGUCAUUCCAUGUCACUUGACGGAGACACCCCCAGUUCAUACGGCAAAGUGAUCUCUUUGGUGGGCAAUGACCAGGCACAAGACCGGUUGAAAUACGGCAUUGAUUACACGAUAUCUGAAGGAUUGCUCGUUCUCGAGAUACAGCAGAAAGUGCUACAGUUUCUGGAGAGUUGCUGCGAAAGUGUUUUGCAUGACAAGCCAUUGCCGAACCCUAACGAAGGAUGGACAAGCCUGAAUGAAAUGAACAGAAACGCGCCAUAUCAUUCUCCAAGGUCUCCAGACUUUCAUCGACUGAUGUCUCUUUUCGCCGCCAACCUUACAAUGAACGCAGAUCAUCUUUGGGAGCUGAGAAUAGAUCCAUCAUAUUUUCUUGAAUCUGUCAAAGCUUGUCAUUCCUCCCGUCGAGAGGCUGUGAAUGAUUCUCUUGGACAAGCACAUCCGGCUACUGAAACACAGGACUACUGGGAAACCUGCGCCGGUAGCGCUGCAGAGAAUGCUUAUUGUAGUGUCAUCAUGGCCGAGAUAGAUUUCGGCCUGGCUGCAAAGCUGCACAGCAUAUAUGCGAGCCUUCCUAUUAACAGGCAAAUAUCAGUCGACGAGUUGAAGUCGGCACAAAACGUCGAAUUCCUAGAGGGGAUGUUGUAUCUGAGGAACAAUUUGGUCAACCAAUUCGAAGACGCCCUCACAGUGCUAUCGUACAGCCUACCAACUGAGAGAACGUUCCGCGAAUAUUUUGUCAGAGACACGAAUGCGUCGGAGUUCAAUGCGAGGUGCAUCUAUCCCAGAGGAAAAGACUCCGAUGAAUUGUUUCCCUAUUUCUCGGCAUUACUUUUCCUCGAGCCAAGGCUGGAAGUGCAGAUGGGGCCCAAAAACCUGUUGGCGGAGAUCGAGCGUGUUGUGGAGAGCAACCCAGAACAGAAAAUGAGACUUUCUCCAAACGUACUCCAGUUGAUUGGUCGUGUCGGAUAUUUCAUGCACGCCAUUGAAUCAAUUGACAAGAUACAGCCAUCUGUGCGUGUCGCCCAUACUGACUUGAUGACGAACGGAGGGCCAAGCUAUGCCAGCUUCGUAGAGGAAUCUUCGAAACUCGUCAUCCGACACACUCAGUUCCUGGAAGAGGUAAAGGGGAUGUCCUAUGAGGGCUUUGGUCCGCCCGACAGCGGCAGAUUUGAAUACCCGUGCUGGAAGCCCAGGAAACGACAGAACAUUGAUCAGAUGCGACAAGCAGAAAGCUGGCUAGACAAGUACUGGGAGAUGUUUGAUCACGGGUUCCAUUCAUCUUCUGGAAAAUCAAUUCAUGAGUACGACCCUCGGGUUUUCAAGUGCAGGCAGAUCAUCCGAACACCCGUGGAAGAGCCAAGGAUCAAGCCCAAGCCCAAAGAUUCUGGUGUAGUGCUAGACGACAUUGAUCUAGCUCUAGCUCAACUAAAGCAGGAUGAGUCGUCCAAAGAUUGUAACGAAGCAGUAAAGACUUCGUCUCCCGAGCCCAAUCUUGAAGCAAAUAAUGUACUCCCAAUUCAGGACUUUCUGGCUACAGAUCGAACACACUUCACAUUCACAGAGCGGUCCUUGAAGGUGUUUCGAAAGAUGUUCAAGGACCCAUAUCCCGAACCUCCAGCUGAUAUAAAAUGGUCCGAUUUCUUGACUGCAAUGAUAGAUGCCGGUUUUCAGAUCUGCAAGCAGUACGGAUCGCUGUGGCACUUCACACCGAUUUGUCUGGGUAUGGACAGGAGCAUCUUCCUCUAUGAGCCAAGAAUUGCUUUUGAUGCUAGAUCGGGUGUUCUGGAGAUGGACUUCAAGCAUGCACAGCGGUUGGCACGCCGUCUAAACUAUGCUUAUGGAUGGGAUGAAACAUGGUUCGCCAAGAAGUAG